CAAUCGGGUCCGAAAAUCUCAUUCCUAUUACGAAAAAAGAUGUAACGAUGGCUUGAUUGCGGGGCUGGGCCUAACAUGGGUCUGAUAGGCUCGACGAGUACAAUACCGACCAUCACAUGCCACGUGUAAGGUGGAGAGCGCCCCUAAUCCGUCUGCUUAAACGUUAAUGAUUUUUAAAUUCUGGCGGGAAGGAGUGACAUUUAAAAGCAAUGGCUAUUUCAUGCACUGACCCUACCCUUCCAUCGCUCAUCUCCUCACAAACUGUAGAUUCGUGCAGAUCUCUUUCUACUCUCAAGCAAACCCAUGCCCAGAUCUUGAAAUCGCCGGCUCCGUCUCCCGAUCUCAGUCUCACCACCAAGCUGGUCGCCUCAUAUGGGCGAUUCGGCGAUCUGGGUUCUUCCAUUUCGGCCUUCAAUCGAUGCGGCCGGGCACCCGAUGCAUUCCUUUUCAAUUCCCUCAUCCAGGCUCACAUCUUCAACUCCCUUUUUGGAUCCGCCCUCCGGAUUUACGUGCGGAUGGUCGAGGAUGGGAUUGUUCCAAACCGAUUCACAUUCCCACUUCUCUUUAAGGCGUGCUCUUCUUCUUUCAUGAUAUCGAGCGGGGUCCAGCUUCACGGCCACGUGGUGAAGUCUGGGCUUGAGUCGAACCCGUUUGUGGCGGUUGGAUUGGUCGAUAUGUACAUGAAGAAUGGGGCGAUCGGGAGCGCACGCAUGGUGUUUGAUGGAAUGGCGGAGAGAGAUGUUGUUGCUUGGAAUGCACUUCUGACAGGUUAUUCGCAGAACGGCAUGCCGGCAGAGGCUUUGGGUGUGUACAAUGGGAUGCGUGAAGCGGGUGUGGAUGUUGAUUUUGUUGCAGUCGCAUCAGUGAUUGCUGCGUGCUCACAGUUACGGUCUAUUCAUCAGGGCAAGUGGGUUCAUUCUUGGGUGGUGAAGAAUGGGUUUGAAGCUGAUGUCGUCGUUGCCACUGCACUUCUGGACAUGUAUGCAAGUUCAGGUGGCUUGGAUUUAGCUAUUCAACUGUUUGAAGAGAUGGUUAUUAGAGAUUUGAUUGCUUGGAAUUGCUUGAUUGCUUGUUGUGCUCAAAAUGGGAUGAUCGAGGAUGCCUUCAAACUCUUUGUGGAGAUGCAAUGGUCUGGAUUGAAGCCCAAUGGGUCAAGCUUAGCUGGAAUUCUACCCGCCGUCGGCCGCUUUGGCGCACUCCAUUUGGGAAAGUCAUGCCAUGGUUUUAUUGUCCGGAACAGUCUGGAGUUGGACGAGUUUGUAGUAACUGCUCUUAUGGAUGUUUAUGCUAAAUCUGGAGAUUUGAUCGUGGCCCGCCGAUUAUUCAACAUCAUGAGGAACAAAAGUGUUGUCGCUUGGAGUUCGAUGAUUGCAGGUUAUGGGACUCACGGCUGCGGCGAUGAGGCUCUAGCGCUUUUUGAGAAAAUGCAAGCAAACAACAUCAAACCCAACUACAUUACAUACAUUGGAGUCCUGUCAGCCUGUGCUCAUGGAGGAUUCAUCGAUAAGGGUCGGGACUACUUCCAUCGGAUGGUCCACAAUCACGGGAUCCUCCCACGUGUGCAGCACUAUACUUGCAUGGUUGACCUUUUCUCGCGGGCAGGGCUGUUGGAUGAGGCAAUGGAUUUGAUAGAUGCAAUGCCAAUUGAACCAUCAGCCGGCAUUUGGGGUGCGUUGUUGGGUGGUUGUCGUAAACACGGGCAUGUUGGUCUAGGUAAAUAUGCCGCUGAACGGCUAUUUGAGUUGAAUUCCUCCGAUCCAGGAUUCUAUGUUUUGCUAUCAAAUAUCUACGCAGCCGCAGGGAUGUGGGCAGAUGUAAGGAGAGUGAGAAGUUCAAUGAGAGAAAGGGGGUUGUGGAAACCUGCCGGCUGGAGCUCAAUUGAGAUCGGCAGCAAGGUACAUUGCUUCAUUUCAGGUGAUAUGGCCCACCCGGAUACAAACGAGAUAUAUAAGAAAUUGGAAGAGGUGAUGGAGGAGAUUGGGAAGGCAGGGUAUGUGCCUGUUACGAAGGUUGUGUUGCAUGAUGUUGAGGAUGAUGUGAAAGAGAAUGUGUUGAAGUGUCACAGUGAGAAGCUAGCCAUUGCUUACGGAUUGAUAAGGACAUCGGUGGGCCAGCCGAUCAGAAUCAUGAAGAGCCUCCGCACUUGCGAAGAUUGUCAUGUCGCUGCGAAGCUCAUAUCAAAGGUCGUGUGCAGGGAGAUUGUGUUGAGGGACGCUGUCCGAUUUCAUCACAUCAAGGAUGGGGUUUGCACCUGCGGAGAUUAUUGGUAAAUGCAUUAUUUGUAAAUGAAUUAAUUGUUGUUUUCUUUCAAAUUAUAAAAUCAUUAAGGAAAUGUUAACUGGUC